AUGAUUCACAAGCAGGACGAUCAGCUAGCAUUUCUUGAGGUCAAGAGGAUAGUUGGAGUGAUUGAGCGUCUGAAGACUGGAUGCAAGGAGAAGGUAGACACUAUACAGAUACAGGUGAAUCUCAAGGGAUAUGAUGCCAAGAAGGACAACAAGGUCUCGAAGGACAUGGCUUUUCCAUACAAGGUGAGAAGGGCGGACAAGGUGGUUGUGAUUGCCGACGAGGCACACAUGAAGGAAUGUACUGAGAAAGGAAUACCGUGUGUGCUGAUUGAUGAGAUCAGUGCAGAUAACAAGAAAUCUGUUCGUGAAAGGCUGUUUAAAACGAACAAGUACUUUAUACUAUGUCCUGGAUACCAGAAGGUAUACCAGCUGAAGAACAUUCUUAGAUGUGGAAAGACUCCGUACAUAAUGAAGAAUGAUGAUGAUGUUUCGAAAGUGUUUGAGCAGGCAAAGAAGUCGUACAAGUUGAGAAUCAAGGACUUUGCAGUUACUUCAUUUCCAGUGGGGCAUACUGGCAUGGACUCUGAACACGUAUAUGAAAACAUCAAGUGUGGGAUGGGACUGCUUCUUUCGUAUCUGAAGAAGGGGCUGCAGAGCCUCGAUGGGGUGCUGAUUAAGACGAACCAAGCAAGCCCAAUAACGCUUUAUUAA